CUCGACUUUGAUUCCAAUAACUUGAGUUCAUCUAUGUCCCAGUAAAAAUGGCUUUGACUAGUAUCACGACAUUUCCAGCAGACAUUCCGAACUGGAAUAACCUGUCUGUCAUCCACCAAAACACUCUCCCUCCCAGGGCGUCAUUUUUACCAUAUCGUAAUGAAGAAGACGCCUUAUCCCAUGAGAGCUCUAAAGCAACGGUUCAAUCUCUCUCCGGAACAUGGAAGUUCAAGCUCGCAAACAGCCCUUUUGAGGCACCGGAAGAUUUCCAGCUCCCAGAGCACGAUGUCUCAGACUGGGCACCGAUCCAGGUCCCGGGGAUGUGGCAGCUUCAAGGCCAUGGAAAGGGUCCGCAGUACACAAACGUCAUUUUCCCGUUCCCAGUAGAUCCGCCAAAUGUUCCGUUCGAUAACAACGAAACUGGAUCCUACGUCCGCACAUUUAGAGUCCUUGAGCCUUUUCGGGACCACCAACAGAGGCUUCGGUUCGAGGGUGUGGACUCGGCUUUUAACGUCUGGGUCAACGGGAAGCACGUUGGCUACUCGCAGGGUGCUAGAAAUCCCUCUGAGUUUGAUAUCUCCAACGUCGUUGAUGUGAAUGGAGAGAAUACACUCGCUGUCCAGGUCUAUCAAUGGUGUGAUGGGAGCUAUAUUGAAGAUCAGGAUCAAUGGUGGCUUAGUGGAAUUUUUAGAGAUGUUGCCCUGGUCGCCUUUCCCAAGGUCCACAUUCAAGAUUUCCACGUACAGACGCUUUUGGAUGACAAGUACGAAGACGCCAUUUUGUCAGUAGACGUGGAGUUGAGUUCUUCGGCCAAGGUUUCCUUGAAUCUCAGGGAUAAGGACAACGCAAUCAUUGCCUCGGCGUCAGAUUCCUCAAAUGGAAACAGCGUGAAAUUCCGAAUUCCAAUCAAGAACCCUCACAAGUGGACCGCCGAGACGCCGUAUUUGUACCAUCUUUCACUUUCGGUUGACGACUGCAGCAUUGCGAGCUAUGUUGGGUUCCGCAAGCUGGAGCUCCGAGAUGGACUCUUUUUGGUGAACGGCAAGAGGAUAGUUUUCCGCGGUGUCAACAGGCACGAGCACCACCCGUUGACUGGCCGCACUGUGCCUCUAGAAUUUCUAGAGAAAGAUCUUCUCCUGAUGAAAACUCACAAUAUCAAUGCCAUCCGCACAUCACAUCAGCCGAGUGAUCCAAGGCUAUACGAUCUAGCCGACAAGCUAGGUCUCUGGAUUAUGGAUGAAGCCGAUGUCGAGUGCCACGGCUUUUCACACGUCGAUGACGCCGCUCUAGAUGAGGAGCAGAAGAAGCUCAGCUUUGAGGAGAAGAAGGCCAUGACAUACGGUAAUGCAGCGAGGUGGACUAGUGACAAUCCCGCUUGGGAAGAGUCAUAUGUCGAUCGCGCAAAGCAGCUUGUUAUGAGGGACAAGAACCACGCAUCUGUUAUCAUGUGGUCUCUUGGCAACGAGGCCUUCUACGGGUGCAACUUCCAGAAAAUGUAUGACUGGAUUAAAUCCUAUGAUCAAACGAGGCUGGUUCACUACGAAGGUGACACCCAUGCACAGACCGUCGAUGUUUACAGCAGAAUGUAUCCUCAGGUCUCAUGGAUCAUCGACUUUGCAACAAAGGAGGAGAAAUGGGAAAAGCCGUUGAUCCUUUGCGAAUUUGUGCAUGCGAUGGGGAAUGGACCAGGAGCCAUCAAAGAAUAUAUGGAUGCUUUCUACAAGUACCCAAGGCUUCAGGGCGGUUUUGUCUGGGAGUGGGCAAACCAUGGACUCAAAACCAAGGCCGUUACCGGCGAAGAAUUCUACGGUUACGGCGGCGAUUUUGGGGACACACCAAACGAUGGAAACUUCGUGAUGGAUGGCUUGCUAUUCUCAGACCACACGCCUACACCGGGUUUAAUCGAAUAUAAGAAAGCUAUCGAGCCCGUGCAGGUCAUUGGUGGUUCAUACAACGAAGUUGAAGUUAUCAACCGAUAUGACUUCGCUACACUCGACCAUCUCCAGUGCAAGUGGUCGAUUGUCGGUGAUAGAUACGAAGAGUUGGGUGGCGAUAUUAGCAUCCCCAAGGGAAUUCAGCCUGGCCAAACGGCUAAGCUUGCGAUUCCUUUCACUGCCAUCGAUAGCGUGCCCGCAGGAGCUGUUUUACAGGUUACAUUUACUCUCAAAGAAGCUACUAUCUGGGCUGAAGCCGGACAUGAGAUCGCCUGGGGCCAGAUCGAAUUAAAGCCCGCUGCCUCCCUACAGUCGCUGACACCUCCCUCAUCCACAUGCCCGACACUCAUCCAAAAGUCGCCGACACUGUUGUCUAUUUCCAGCGCCACCUCGGCUUGGGAAUUCAACCUCGUCACCGGCUCGCUCAGCUCCUGGAAAAAGGGUGGAUCCGAGAUAAUCCACACAGCACCCGUGAUGGACUUCUACCGCCCCCAAACAGACAAUGAUUUCCCACACGAUGGAGCAGAGUGGAAGGAGAAGCACCUCGAGCAAACCGCCGAGCACACUCGGCAGGUGGGCUGGGGUACUUCUGGCACAAAUGUCACCGUCACAGUCCAGAAGCGCAUUGCCCCUCCUGUCCUAGAGUGGAGCGUGGACACCACAACAACAUAUACCUUCGGCGAGACGAGCGUGGGCAUCAAAGUCACUGGCACAACGCAGGGUGCCAAUUUGCCGAAAACCUGGGCACGAAUCGGUCUUACGAUGGCCCUAAACAGCGAGGUAAACGGUGUGGAGUGGUUCGGUCGCGGCCCAGGCGAGUCCUACAGCGACAAGAAGCUGUCACAACGCAUCGGGACCUGGAAGUCCCCCGUCGACGCCCUGUUCACCAACUACGAGUACCCACAAGAAUCGGGUAACCGUACUGACGUGCGCUGGGUCGCGUUCCAGGAUGGGACCGGUGCGCCUUUGCUGAAGGCGAGCUUUGGGGAUAAGGAGGGGUGCAGCUUCUCGGCGUCGCAUUAUACGGCGGCGGAUAUUGAUAAGGCGACACAUCCGUAUUUGUUAGAGAGGGAGAAGAGGGAGGAGGUGAUUGUCAGGCUUGAUUGGAGGCAUCAUGGGUUGGGAACUGGAAGCUGUGGACCGAAGACUAUGGAGGAGUAUGCGCUUAAGAGUGGACCGUUUGAGUUUAGUCUGUUGCUUGAGUAGUCGAGUUACUUCCAGCGUAGAUAUACAGCUUUAAUUAUAGAUAGAUAGG